UCACUGCUUAGAAACUGUCAGAAAACUCUCGCGAAAUCUCUGAUUGCAAACGCGGCUGAAGCCCGAAGGUGCAGACGAAGGAGAUGCCGCUGGGCAAGUACUACUGCGACUACUGCGACAAGGAGUUCCAGGACACCGCCGCCGCCCGCAGGCGCCACCUCCAGGGCGCCCAGCACCACCGCGCCAGCGCCCUCUGGUACGACUCCGUCCGCCGCCAAGAGUCCCACGGCGGCCCAUCUCCCCUCCUCCAGCCCGACGGCGCGAUCCUCGGCCAGGGCGUCUGCAACCACUUCGUCCGCACGGGAACAUGCAAGUUUGGGGAUGCAUGCAGGUACUUCCAUCCGAAGCCACAUGCUGUGAACCCGGCAUUAGCUCCGUCUGGGCCUGUUCCAGGAGCAAUGGGGCAACAGUCUAAUUUUCUUGGAACUCAACCAAAUUUUGUUGGAUAUCCGGCGGUGGAAGGAAAUUCUUUCUCAGGAAACAUACUAACAGGCCACACUUCAUGGGGCAACUUACCUCCAUCGCUGCAACCUCCCCCUGAAGGUGGCUAUCCUCCACUUCCUUUUGUCGACUGGGGUUGAAUUGCCACCUGUCUGAAAUGUUGAUCAUUUGGGAUGCUGUAUAUUUGACCGGCCAUUGAAAUGUGUGAAAGAAAUUUCACCAAUAACAAGUUCUUGCUUCCUGUAUACAGAUAGAGUUUUAUUGGCAGUGA